AAUUUUCCUUGUUUGGAAGUGCACGUAUCCAUUCGUGAACGUGAGGGUCUUCUGAUUUUCCUCUUCGGGUCAGGGUUAUCGUCCAUUAUAUCUUGUUAGCCAUAUUUACACUUGGUCACACCAUAACAAUAAUACACAGUGAAACUUUUUGCACACCUGACUCUUUUGGUGAUCAACUUAACAGCACCAAAGAUGGCUAAGAUUAGCACAUGCAGUUAGCACUGGAGAUGUUAUCGAAAGGGACAACGAAAGCUUUGCAGUUAAACCAUCCAGCUGGGAAAAUUCAACAUUACCACGGUAAUAUUAUGAGCAGUGUGGAAUAGUUUUGUCAUCCAUUUGGAUUAGUCUAUCAUUCGUUCUGGAUUAAUGCUCCUGGAGUCAUUAUGUGGUUCAGAUGCAUGUAAACGAUCUAUUGCUAAUUGGUCACUUCAUGAUGUGACUGGUCCACAACUUAUUAUCGAUGUAUAUGAAGGCCAUAUCAAAAAUCCUAUUGUUGUAAGGUAUGCAGCUGGUGUAGUUGCCGCCAUCACUCUACGACAACCUGAUCUUGGCAAAUUGCUUGUUGAAGCUGGUGUAUCUGCAUAUCUUAUUAAGACUCUUGAUUUGUAUAUGUCAAACACUACAACUGUUCGAAUUGUAUGCAGAGCUAUACCUAAUAUUGUCUCAAGAUCACCAGAACUACGAACUUCCUUUUUAACAUUGGAAUAUGGUACAGGUGAUACUGAUCUAGAAAAAUUAUUGAAUGUAGCCCUAAAAAACCCUUCUUGUUGUGAUCAAGCUAAAGCAGCUCUUCGUGAUCUAAACUGUGCAGUUGAAUUUCAAGAACCUUGGAAAGGACCUCUGAAGUCUGUUGUGAUGGAUAGAUAGUAUUUGAUUUUUGUUAUAUAAACAUUUUUAAUAAAAUAC